AUGACUACAUGUUUGCCAGUGACAGAACAAAAAAUGUCCGAAGAUAAUAAGGAUUUGAUAAUCAAGUUAGUCAUUCUAAAACUUCCAGUCAAGAUGCUGAUGCUUUUUAAAUGUGUAUCAACGGACUGGCUUCACUUCAUCAACAGCAAAGAAUUUGGGAGUUUGUAUCUUCAACAUAGCAAGACAAAUAGCGACAACCUCCAUUUGUUUGUGUCAAGCCGUCUGGUUAUUGGCCCAAAGAGGAUUCAAACAUUUGUUUCUGUUGAUGCUUCUCGUGAUCAAACACUAAUACCAGUUUACAGCCAACGGUUUAACACGGAUUAUGAAAUUGUGGGCUGUUGUAAUGGGAUAAUCUGCCUCUAUGGUGAUGUGUCAUUUAUGGGAUUUAGACUUGCUCUCUGGAAUGCAUUCACCAGAAGGUAUAAAAUGAUACCCCAUGUCAGGGUAAACAGGAUUCUGGGAGCUUCCAAUCGUUUUAGCCAUGGAUUUGGACAUGAUGAGGUGACAGAUGACUAUAAGGUAGUCCAGAUCUUCCAAUCAUUCAAGGAUGGUAAGCUGUUGGCAAGUGAUGUAAAGGUUUACAGCUCAACAUCAAAUUUGUGGACAAAGGUUGAAGAGUUCCCAUUCGGUGGGUUUGAUUUUCCCAAGAAGGGGUGUUUCAUAAAUGGAGCUUUACAUUGGCUGGCACGUAAAAUGAAUAAAUCAACUGCAAAACCCGUAGUUGUUAGGUUUAACCUAGGGGUGGAAAAAUUUGAUCUGCUGCAAGUUCCCGAUGUUGACAGCAUUGAUGACCUCUGUUUGGGGGUUUUAGGAGAUUGCUUGAGUGUCUGUGCAUCAAAUGAGGAAUUCUCCACUGCUGUCAUAUGGGUGGCAAAAAACAAGGAACCCUGGACCUGGAUUAAACAACAUUUAGUUGUGUUUGGAGACUCUAAUUCUAAUGAAGCCUCAUACUGCAGGCCUUUGACAUAUACGGAUAAGGGUAAAAAACUUCUCCUAGCUGUCGGGUUGAGGACUGUGCUCUGGUAUGAUUUGAGGGACAAAGAAUACAGCAAAUUUCCCUUAUCUCGUUUCGUAACUGGUUUUGAAGUUGCGACGUGCAUUGAAAGUUUGGUGUCGCUCGGUGUCAAUAGCAGAGCUGAUGUAUAA